AUGUCCCCAUCCGCCACUGAGAUAACCACGACGGUCGUUGACAAUAUCGAAGGGACACUGAAGCCCUCGAAGCAUGAGGAGAAUGGAAGGGGCCAUGAACAGCUAGCUGGGCCUGAUGUGCUCCCAAAGCUAGAGGUCAACCACCGCGAGCCACUCAACCUCGGCGGUGCUCUCGACCAGUUCAAGUCAUUCGAUGUGACCCCGGUCAUCGGCCGAGAGUUCAUCGACGUCGAUCUUGCCGAAUGGCUUCGCGCCCCAAAUUCUGAUGAGCUUAUUAGAGACUUGGGAACCACCAUCUCACAGAGAGGUGUUGUCUUCUUCCGCAAACAGGACAACAUCACUGAUGAUCUCCAGAAGGAGCUCGUACAGCGUCUAGGAGAAUUGACAGGGAAGCCGUCCACCUCCAAGCUGCACAUUCACCCGGUCCACAACGCUUCCAGGGAGCACGGUGGCACAGAUAAUGAGAUUAGCGUCAUUUCUUCUGAGCAGGGCAAAAAGUUCAACUCUGCUCGCUACAAGUCGAUUAGCCAGAACAACCGCCAGUCCGCAAAGGGUCUCUGGCACUCUGACAUUACAUUUGAGAAGAUUCCUAGCGACUAUGCCCUGCUGAGACUUACUCAAUUGCCAAAGACUGGCGGAGAUACACUUUGGGCUUCAGGCUAUGAGCUCUACGACCGCAUCUCGCCAACGCUCAGGAGUUUCCUCGACACCCUCACGGCCUACUACGCCCAGCCGGAUUUCAAUGCAAUGGCAGAGAAGAACAAUUUUAAAAUCUUCGCUUCUGCACGUGGAGCUCCCGAGAACAUCGGAGAAGUCCUCGAGGCAACCCACCCCGUUGUGCGCACCAACCCGGUGACUGGCUGGAAGUCAGUGUACGCCGUGGGCCACCACGUCAAGCACAUCCAUGGUCUCUCUGAAGACGAGUCGAAGUACUUCUUGGACUGGUUCGUCCGCCUGAUUGUCGAGAAUCACGACCUGCAGGUCCGCCACCGAUGGGCCAACGUCAAUGACCUUGCGAUCUGGGAUAAUCGCAGUGUUUAUCACUCUGCCACGCCGGAUUACAUCGGCGAAGCAGACUUGGGGGAGAGGAAGGGGUCUCGGGCUGUUAGCCUGGGAGAGAAGCCUUACUUUGACCCGGAAAGCACAAGCAGACGCGAAGCCACCAGGGUCACUUGA